UGCUUACUCCACAUAUAUCAGUCAUACACACACCUAUCCCCCACCUCUGGCCUAUCUCUCUUCCCCCUAGGAGCUUGUAAAUACUCCAUUAAUGCCAUUUUGAAUCAACACCUCAGAAGAAUCCCACGUUUUACAGGAAAAACCAGCUCUAUUUUCUUGAAAAGCCAAACCAAAAAUGGCUGCUUUCAUCUCUCUCAUCUUCUUGUUCUUCUCCACACUACUACUACUAUUAUGCCCAGACCUUUCUCUCUCAGAAACCAGUAAUAAUGCCAGUACUGUCUCCCUCCUCAUGGCUAUCAAGGCCUCCUUAGACCCUGGAAACCUUGUUCUCUCUUCUUGGUCACCCAAUGUCACUGACCCAUGCAGUGUUUCCUCCUUUGAAGGCAUUGCUUGCAAUGACCUUGGCCAGGUGGUCAAUAUCUCCUUGCAGGGUAAAGGGCUUUAUGGGAAAAUACCACCUGAGAUUGGCCAGCUCAAUGGCUUAUCUGGGUUGUACCUCCAUUUCAACAACCUUCAUGGGGUUAUACCCAAGGAGAUUGCUUCCCUCACUCAGCUCUCAGAUUUGUAUCUCAAUAUGAAUGACCUCUCUGGUUUCAUUCCUUCUGAGAUAGGCAACAUGCCAAAUCUUCAAGUUUUGCAACUCUGCUACAACAGAUUUGAAGGGUGCAUACCUAAUAAGCUUGGGUCUCUGAAAAACCUUACGGUUCUUGCUCUUCAGUCCAAUCAGUUGACGGGGGCAAUUCCCGCAAGUUUGGGAGGCUUGACACUGCUGACAAGGCUGGAUUUGAGCUUUAACCGCCUUUUUGGUUCAAUCCCAGUUAAACUUUCUGAAGCCUCUAAGUUAGAAGUUCUUGAUCUGAGAAACAACACCCUCUCUGGCAAUGUUCCUCUUGGUCUGAAGAGACUGAAUGAGGGAUUCCGGUAUGAGAAUAACCCUGGAUUAUGUGGAACUGGUUUCCCCUCUUUGGCGCUCUGCAGUGAUUCUUCUUUAAACCCCACCAAACCCGAACCAUUCGGGCAAGGCUCAAACCGUCUUCCAACUAAAGAUAUCCCGGAAUCUGCCAAUAUCCCUCAUCAGUUGAAUCAGAACCGAAAACCACAAGCCGCUGCUGCUGUUGUUGGGGUCAUCGGGCUGUUUGUUAUAUUAGCAGUGGCGGGGCUGUUCACGUUUUCAUGGUACCGUCGAAGGAAACAACAGAUUGGAAGCACGGUUGAUAUUUCCGAGAGUAGAGUUAGCACUGAUCAGCCCAAGGUGUUAUGCAGAAGGAGCACGUCUCCUCUUAUCAGCCUCGAGUAUUCGAAUGGCUGGGACCCUCUUGCGAAGGACCAAAGUGGGAGCGCUCUAUCCCAGGAAGUGCUCGAGAGCUUUAUGUUCAAUCUCGAUGAAGUGGAGUCCGCUACACAGUACUUCUCGGAGACGAAUUUGUUGGGGAAAAGUAGCUUCUCUGCUGUCUACAAAGGAACGUUGAGGGACGGGUCUGCUGUUGCUGUCAAGUGCAUCUCCAAGACUAGUUGCAAGUCGGAUGAAGCCGAGUUUCGAAAAGGGUUGACAUUGUUGACAUCUUUGAAGCACGAAAAUCUGUUAAGGUUGAGAGGCUUUUGUUGCUCGAAAGGUCGGGGAGAGUGCUUCCUCAUCUACGACUUCGUCUCGAAUGGGAACUUGCUGAGGUACCUCGAUGUGAAGGACGAGAAAGGGAAGGUGCUCGAUUGGUCUACCCGGACCGCUAUAAUCAAAGGCAUUGCUCGAGGUAUCAAAUACUUGCAUGGUAACAAAAGAAACAAGCCUGCUUUAGUUCACAGAAACAUAUCGGCUGACAAGGUUCUUAUCGAUCAUCUCUACAAGCCUCUACUGUCUGAUUCGGGCCUGCACAAACUAUUAGCAGACGACAUUGUGUUCUCCACGCUAAAGGGCAGUGCUGCUAACGGGUACCUGGCUCCCGAGUAUGCAAUCACGGGCCGAUUCACUGAAAAGAGUGACAUGUAUGCGUUUGGUGUGAUCAUACUACAGAUCCUCUCGGGAAGUUGUGUGGUCACGCAAUCAAAUCACCAAGGAGCGGAGCUAUGCAGAUUCGAGGACUUCGUUGAUGCAAAACUCGGGAAGGACUUUGUAGAAUCUGAGGCGGCCAAGCUCGGGAAGAUUGCUCUACUCUGCACUCACGACUCUCCUAGCCGCAGGCCAGCCAUUGAUGUGGUCAUUCAAGAACUCGAUGAUCUCACUAAUGAACUUCUAUGACUACUAGGAAUCUGAGGCUAACUAGCAAAUUAGGUACCCUUUUUUUCCCUUGUUUUUGAUGAAUUUUAGAAUGCUAGUGUAACAAUUUGUUUUAACAAGUUUUCUAGUCUGUCUGGAAGUUCAAUUCAUUUCCAUGUAUGCUUACCAGUUUGCAUCAACUCUCAACAUCUUAUUUUUCUCCUUUGACACCCUCAAAAAUUUAAGCCAAUACCCUCUCGCUGUGUCUAA